GUUUGCGCACAGGUUCUUCUCAGGGGACUGACUUGCUCAAUUGCUCAUGUACCUGGCCCGUGGCAUACUCGCUUCGUCAACUUUUCUCUCAAGUAUCAUGUUCUCGUAGGUCGUCGGAUGCACUACGUACACUCUCUUCACCAGAAGUAUGGAUUAGUUGUACGGAUCUCGCCAACAGAAGUCGCAAUCGCAGACCCCGACUCGUUUAAUGCAAUCCACAAGAUUGGAUCUGGCUUCACUAAAGGGCCAUGGUACUCGGAGGUCACGGCUGGGCGCGAGCCGGGUAUCGUUUUCAUUACCGAUCCCAAGGAGCAUGCUGUGAGACGUAAGCUGUUUGCCAGAGCCUUUACAAGCAACUCGUUGCGUGAGAACUGGGAGCCGGUUGUUCGAGAGAAGGUAGAAAUGGCCGUCGACCACAUCCGCGUGGAUGCUUUGAAGGGCAAAGCCAAUAUUCUCAAGUGGUGGAUGCUCAUGACGACGGACGUUAUUGCCCACCUGUCUUUUGGCGAGUCCUUCAAGACACUAGAACUCGGCGAGAAAAGCUCCUACAUAAACGCCCUGGAAAUGCUCUUCACAGCUUCAAUGUUUCGACGCGAAGUGCCUUUGCUAUUCUAUCUCGCACAAUUCCUCCCCUUUCAGUACCCCAAGCAGCUUGCCAACGCUGGGCAAAUCAUCGGCGAAUAUGCCAACAUGGCCACAAGUAGCCACCAAGGCAACGGGCAUUCCGCAAACUUGUUUAGCAACAUGCAAGCUGCGAGUGAUGAAAAGAUCGAGUACAACUUGACCCCGGAAAAGUUGAAGUCAGAAGCGACGAACCUCAUCGUGGCAGGCUCAGACACCACCUCCAUCACACUGACCUACCUCAUCUGGGUGGUGCUCAAGAGACCGGCUCUCCGUCAAAGCCUCGAAGUGGAGCUCGACAACCUCAGAGACGACGAGCUCAACGAUACCGCUCUCGAAAUACUGCCACUUCUCAACGCCAUUAUCGAAGAAACGUUGCGCGUGUACGGGGCGGUGGCGGGUAACCUGCCUAGGUCUGUACCUCCGGGUGGUGUGAGGUUGGGUACAUACUUCAUUCCAGGUGGCACAAUUGUAGAGACGCAGGCGUACACACUCCACCGUAACCCCGAAGUCUUUUCACACCCUGAGAGAUUUGACGCGACUCGGUUUCUGAACGGAGGAUUGACCAAAGAGCAGAAACGGUCGCUGUCUCCUUGGGGGGCCGGGACUCGGGUUUGUAUUGGAGCACACUUGGCUCGCAUGGAGCUGCGACUCGCCGUCGCAAUAUUCUUCCGCGAAUGUCGAGGCAUAAGACUAGCUGACGACAUGACCGACGAUGUGAUGAACAUGCGCAAUGUUUGGCUUAUUAGUCCGGUCGGUCAUCGUUGUGAUGUCACACUGAAGUGA